AUGGAACAAAAUAGUAAUAAUGCGCUUGAUAGAUCAGAAGGAGUGGCAAAUAAUGAAAAUUCAAUUUUUUUCGGAGGAGCGGGACUAUUUACACGAAUUAUAGUUAUAUUUGUGGAUAUCCUAAUGUUAAUAAAUUUACUACUAGACAUAAACAUAAGUUGUGAUGGAUAUUUACGCACAUGGAUCAUAGGAGCAAUAAUAUUAAGUUUUUUCUUGAUGUCGUUUAUAAAAAGAAUCCCAACUUUUCUAAAGGAAGAUAAAGGACUAUUUUCAGAGUUUAUUUUAAUGUUUAUAUUUUUUAUAUGGACAUAUUUUGGGACUAUCCAGAUUAAUAAAUCAAAUGCUUGCCAAAAAAUUGCACCACAUUUGUUUUGGACUGUGUUCACCCUAGUAACAACAAUUUGGUGUUCUAUUGUAGGAUUGAUUUUAAGUUUAAUGAUUAUAACAAUAGGAUCGUUUUUUUUUACAAAAUCAAAGAAAGUGAAAUUAUAA